AUGAAGGAGUCCCACAUUUUGAUUGGUGGGGGCUGCCUGUUGCUUCCCGGCCGCCGCCGCCCAACAGAGCGGCCCGGCCCUUCUCCCGGUCCCCCUCCCCCGCCCAAAUCAAGAACUAGCCACAGGUGGCCGCCAGUGUCUCCCGGGGUUGCCAGUGACGGCCAUCCCCCUACGCGAACCCCACCGAGUCGGAACUCCCCGGCAGCUCCUGGUGCACGCUUCCCCGGGCAGGGAGUGGAGCCCCAGAAGGGCCGGGAAAACCGGAAAAAACAACCUCUCCACAAACUCUCAGGCAGCUCCCCGCUCUCCUCCCCCGGCAGGCACAAAUGGACACCCAAGGCCGGCCUCCUCUGGGAAGGAAAAGCGAAAUCUCCGGAAAAGCAGCGUUACUGCGGACACCCGCCCCCCGCCCCCUUCCCCAAACCCCGCACGAGGCGGCUGCCCCGGGGAGACAGAGACUUGGCUCUACCUACCAGAACAAUCCCUGGCUCCCUGGGAAGAGCUGACCUGAGCAGCCUCCGGGACUCACUCCUGCUCCCAUCAAGCGGAGCAGCAGGCGCGCGCCCGAGCGCCUGUGUUAGCCAGCAGGUCCUGCAGCUGCCACAAAGGGGGUGCCCCACACCUCCUGGAGGCCUGAGCACAGGUGGGAGUCGGUCUCCCGAGACCUUCGACUACAGCAGCUUCUGCCGCAGGAAAAGCCCAGCGCUGCCGCCCACGAUUACUAAAUCUCGCUUGGAAAGGACGCAGGGCGGCCACAGCCACGCUGACGAGCACGGGCGCACACUCCCACGCGCGCACUCGGUCACUCGCGCAGCCAGCGCCGCCUGGUGUCCGCGGCUGUCCGAGCGGCCCGCCCCAGCAGUCCCCCCGCCCUCUCCCCCCUCCAGCCCCCUGCCUGAACGGCCCCGACCGAGGGCAGCCCCGCCGAACUCCCGCCCCUCUCGGGAGCCGCUGGUUCCGGGGAGCCUCCGGGAAGUUCGGAUCCCCGCAGCGUCCGCGCUCGGGCCGGGGAGUGUCUGCGCUCCCCCUCUACGGCCCCGGGCCCCCACACGCCGACCUCAGCCCCCGGCCUCGCCCCCCAGCAUCCCGCCCCAUCCUCGGGGACUUCCCUGGACUUCUGAGAACUGGCGGGGGGCCGGGCCCCCCCGCGUGCUCGGCGCCCUCUGGCGGCGGCGUGGUCCCCCCCCGGCCCAGCCUCUCUGGCCUGCCUCGCCCGGGGGGAUGCGCCGGGGGCGGAUCCAGGGCCGGGAUCGCCGGGGCGGGAUGCGAGGGCCGGGAUGCGCCGGGGCCGGGAUGGCCGGGGCGGGAUGCGGGGGCCGGGAUGCGCCGGGCCGGGAUGCGCCGGGGCGGAUGGCCGGGGGCCGGAUCGCCGGGGGCCGGGAUGCGCCGGGGGCCCGGGAUGCGCCGGGGGCCGGAUGCGCCGGGGCCGGGAUGGCCGGGGGCGGAUGCGCCGGGCCGGGGAUGCGCCGGGGGCCGGGAUGCGCCGGGGCGGGGAUGCGCCGGGCCGGGAUGCGCCGGGGCGGGAUCGCCGGGGCAGGAUGGCCAGGGGCCGGGAUGCGCCGGGGCGGGAUGCGCCGGGGGCCGGAUGCGCCGGGGCCGGGAUGCGCCGGGGGCCGGGAUGCGCCGGGGGCCGGGAUGCGCCGGGGCCGGGAUGCGCCGGGGCCGGGAUGCGCCGGGGCCGGGAUGCGGGCGCCAUCCCCGGGGCGCUCCGCAGAGACCGGAGGGGCUCGUGCUGGGCCGGUGCCGGGCCCAUUUGGCGAAGCGUCCCGGGCCCUCCUCUUUAUUAAGGGCCAGAAGCGCUGCCUUCAUCUGGAACAAAACGCCGCCCCCGCUGAGGCGCAGCUGCUGUAA